UCCGGCACGAUGCCCCCCAAAAAACCCGAGCCGAAAAAAGUCGAACCCAAAAAGGAGGAACCCAAGCCGGCCCCAAAGCCAGCUCCUCCACCUGAGCCGGAGAAGAAAGAAGUGGAGUUUAAUCCAGCCAGUAUCAAACUGGAAUUCACUCAUGAUCAAAUUGAAGAAUUCAGGGAGAUUUUUGAACUCUUCGACCGGACUCCAAAGGGGGAACUGAAAAUCACCUACGCCCAGUGCGGAGACGUGUUGCGGUCCUGCGGGCAGAACCCCACCCAGGCAGAAGUCCAUAAAGUCCUCGGACGCCCGAAACAGGACGAAAUGAACAGCAAGAUGUUGGACUUUGACACCUUCCUGCCCAUGCUCCAGCACAUCGCCAAGACCAAAGACACCGGGACGUACGAAGACUUCGUGGAAGGCCUGCGUGUCUUCGACAAGGAAGGGAACGGCACGGUGAUGGGAGCCGAGCUCCGCCACGUUCUGGCCACCCUUGGAGAAAGAUUAACAGAGGAAGAAGUUGAUAAAUUGAUGGCAGGUCAAGAAGAUUCCAACGGCUGUAUCAAUUAUGAAGCCUUUGUGAAACACAUCAUGGCAAGUUAAAAUGGCAGGAUUGAUUUCUUCCCUUCGGGACGGAGUUUUUGGAUAUCUUCUGACGGACUUCUGUCCUUCUCCACCUAGUUACUCCUCAGUCCAACACUACUAUCUUUUCCUGUCCUCCCUGCCUUGGCUCCACAGCGGCCACCGACUUGCAAAUUGUAUCUCCCCAGCCUCUGAGGAAGACUUCGCUACUCCUCGUUGGGACCUUGCAAUAUCUAAGGUCUCUGCAGGAUGCAAUUUGCAAUUACACUGCCUGUACUACCUGUAGUAGUAAAUGAGUUUACUACUCUGAAAAUUGUUUCUUGAAACGAUUAAAAGUGUUGACUAUGACCCUCUC